AUGGAAAGCGGCUGGCUUCUGAUUCCUCAACUCCGGACCCCCCCCAGCUCAGACUGGACUGGGAGAGGCUGUGGGAGAGCCGUCGGGCCAGUCCCCCCCCCACGCCAACGGAACAAAGUGGACAGCGAAGCAGCCCGCAGGCUGGCCGCCCGGCUUUUCAAUCUGGAGGGAUUCAAGAGGGGCGACGUGGCGAGACACCUGUACAAGAAUAACGAGUUCAGCAGUGUGGUAGCUGAGGAGUAUCUCAAGUUUUUCGAUUUCUCUGGACAGACCCUCAACCAGGCCUUGAGGUCCUUUCUGAAGGAGUUUGUUCUGGUGGGAGAGUCCCAGGAGAGGGAGCGGGUGCUGCAGCACUUCUCACAGCGGUACCAACACUGCAACCCAGAACAGCUGAGCACAGCCGACGCUGCUCUCACUCUGACCUGUGCGCUGAUGCUGCUCAACACUGACCUGCACGGACAGAACCUCGGGAAGGCGAUGUCGUGCUCCGGCUUCAUCUCCAAUCUGGACGGGAUGAACGAGGGAGGGAACUUCCCCCGGGAGCUGCUGAAGAGCCUCUACAGCUCCAUCAAGAACGAGAAACUGGAGUGGGCCGUGGCGGACUCUGAGCUGCAGGACUCUCUGCUGCCCCCCGGUGGCGAGCGGGGGGAUUGUGGGUCGCUGCGCAGUAAAAGUAACCCCUUCCAGGACCUGGCGCACGACCAGCAGGCCCCCCAGUUCAAGCAGGGCUUCCUGACGCGCAAAGCACACGCCGACAUCGACGGAAAGAAGAGUGAGUGAUCAGUAAUCAAUAAUCAAUCAA